UUUUUACUCGGCGAUAUGGCAACACUGAAACAGGCACGCCAUAUUUUGCAAGAAAGAAAAAUCGCUAUUGCUCAAACGAAUAUCAGAAAAUCAAUAAGAAUUGCUGGUAAAAUUGGUUAAAAUCAGUGUGAGACGCGUGUGACACUUGCUUGGUCCAACGGCCAAUAGGUAGUGGACAUUUCAGCUGUUUGCCCAGCGCCGCAAAUGCGUCAACAACGUAGAAGAAGAAGAAAAUCAGCUAAGGGCAGCACUAAAAAGCGAAAUUGAGCAUUAAUUAUGAAGGAAAUGGCAAACACAAGCGGAAAUCUGCCCCAAUCCUUGGAGGCUACCUCCUCGAUUAUAACCUACAGUCCCAGCAAAUUUUUGACUCGUGUUGGCAAAAACACUUACACUACGCAUACACACACACAAUCAACAUCGGCGGCAGCGAACGCAACAAAAACAAACAAUGCGCCAGUGGGCGGUGCUAGUGCCUCAUACUAUGUAGUGAAGGCCGGCUCCCUGGGCAGUGCAGCGUCCAUGACGGGAGCCGUUAAAAUCAGUUCUCCGCCGAAGGCACCACAGGCGAUAAAAUCACCCGCUUUGGUCAUCACGUCGCCCUCAACGCCAACCGAGAGUUCCAGCACCAUUUCGGCCCCCAGUGAAUCCUCGUUCGGCGAGAAAAUGGAGCACAGCUAUAUGCGCGAUACGCCGGUCCGCAGCGAAGUCCACAAUGGUCUGACACCAGCGAGGAACAUACUAGUUCGCCAUCCUCCGCAGUGCCCCAGUUGUCACACCUAUCCGCCGCAGCACGAGGAACUGUCGGAGAUGCAGCAGGCUCAUGUGCCGGCCUACGAUGAGAUUGCCGCAAAAGAGGCCAUGAACGAGUGCUCCCGCAUUGCUAAAUACGUAAAGAACAACAAUUCUGACGAACAAGAUUGGGUUGCACGCGUGAAUCAAUUUGGCUGGACGCCCUCACAACAGACGCUAUUCGAAAAGGUGUGUGCCAUCCUUGACCAGGAUCAAUUGGCCCGAUUGGCCAACGACAAACGCCAGCACGAGGCUAUAUAUCGGCGUGUGAGUGCAGAUAAGUCUGCCUCCAGGCUACGAAAAGUUUUGGCUAGCGUGUCCUGGGAACCGCGCAUCACGCAGUGGAUUCAUGCCUUGCUGAUGGAGCACUUGUCGCCCUCGUACAUGGCCUCUUACUUAGAAAUUCUUCAAACGCUAAAGACCAAGUUGCCAACUUUGGUAGAUAAGAUGCUCUUCAGCAGACCGUUGAACAAUAGCCAGGAGUUGCUGGCACCGGUAAUGAAAAAGCGUUGGGAGCCAAACAUACUGCCCAAGGGGCGACAACUGACCCACAACGCUAUCAUGGUGGUGCUGCCCACUAUGCCAAUCACUGGAACAAUUUCGGAUCGCAUGCAGAAGUGGUAUCAAGCUCUGGCCACUAUUACUCAGGUGGUGCAGAUUUCACUACCCAACACAAACAACCGAAUUGGUAAUCAGAAUCUGGACCAGGUGGCCGAGACCAUUGUGUCGCUUACACGAGUUAGGAUCCACGAAUUGCGCACUGAUAAUCCUAACCGAGGCAUCAUUCUCGUCGGUUUCAAUGCAGGAGCAGCCUUAGCUCUACAAGUUGCUCUUUCUGAGAGUGUAGCCUGUGUGGUUUGCAUGGGAUUUGCCUACAACACGAUGCGUGGGCCUCGCGGAACACCCGACGAUCGGAUGCUGGACAUAAAGGCUCCAAUACUGUUUGUUAUCGGGCAGAACUCAGCACGUACCAGCCAGGAGGAAAUGGAGGGUUUGCGCGAACGAAUGCAGUCCGAGUCCUCGUUGGUGGUCGUGGGCAGCGCUGAUGAUGCUUUACGUGUUCCAAAGAGCAAGCGCCGCAUAGAGGGCGUCACACAGUCCAUGGUGGAUUAUAUGGUGGUUGAGGAAGUGUUUGAUUUUGUGAACCGAACCCUUAGCAAUCCACCUGGACCCCGCAUGCCCACGUCGCUUAUGCACCAGCAGGGCUACCAGCGUCUGCAAAAGCAGCCAAUGCACAUCCUAGCCGAUGGAAAUGCAAAUAAGGCCGUUCAGCAGAUGCGCAAGCGAAAGGUGGAAGGCGGGCAGGACGACUCAAUGGGUCUGCCGGCCAAGUCAAAGUUUGUGGCUCACAAUCGCGUCCACAAGCCGAAGCCACCGCGCCUCAUUGAUCCGUUUGCUGCUAAGCGAAAGGUUGGAAGACCCCGCACACGACCCCUCCCAAAAGUUGGUGGCUCGGCCGGCUUUGGUAGCCUAAAAGGUGCACCUCAUCCAGUCAAACAUAAACUGAGCAGUGAAGAACUAAAUAAACCUAUUGAAUUCGUGCUAGAUGAUUCCAUGGACUUCGAAGACGCUUCAGGAGCAGCUGGACCAGCAAGUGGGGCCGCCGCCCUGCCCAAAGUGAUUACACCUGGUGUUCUGGGAAAACAGCUGCCCCCAGUCAAUCUGGCAGCCGGCACCAAGAUCAAGAUGAUACCAUCCAACCAGUUUGUCCAGAUCAAAUCGAUUCCUUCGCAGAGCAAACUGAUCAACUAUACAAUGAACAAGCCAGGUGGUGGAUCCGCCAGCACCACCACCAUUGGCAGCAUUGUGAAGACGGUACCCAGCUCAUCGGUUAGUGGCCAGCAGAUCUUCACUCUGAAAACGCCCUCGGGCCAAACACAGCAGUUUGCGACUGCGGCCCCUUCUACGGGUGCAGGCUCAUCGACAGCACCAGCUACUGGGCAACAAAAGUACACGGUGUUCAAGAACGCCAAUGGUAUGACUAUGCUGCAUCUUACCAAAAACGUAAGCUCGACAUCAGCUGGCAGCCCUUCAGGCAAUAUGGAUUUGUCAAACAUCAUUGAUAUGCCCAUUGUUUUUGCCGACAACGAAGGCAAUAUCCCAGGUCAGCAACAGGCGGACAAGGAUAAUAAACCAGCCCCCAUUCGAAAUAAGAGCCCGCUGAUCAUCAGCCAGAAAAUCAUCAAGGAGGCCAAUAAACCGCCAGGCAUGGUAACCACUAGUGGUACCGCCAAGCCAGGGAAUAUAGUGCUGAACAAGGGUCUCCACCAAUUGCUCACCCAAUCUCCAGGAGGAGCAGUUUCCAGUCAGAACAAAGUGGUAUAUCUCAACCGGAGUACAAUGAAACCGGUGGGGAAUGUGGUGACUGGUGGCCACCGCCUGCCUAUAAGAUUUGUCAGCAGUCCCAAGCCGGGAGGAGUGGUGGCGACCACCACCACAUCUUCAAGCAGCCCGCUCUUGGUGGAUCCUGCCACAGGGUCUCUGGUUACCAGUGUCAAGACCGUCAACGUGCAGUCUAUCAAGCCGUCAACUUCUGGUCUUGCCCAAGGAACCCUUCGUCAAGCGGGAAACGUGGUCACCAAGACCUAUCCACAGUUCCAGGUUAUCAACAGUGCUUCGGGUACCGCUAAAACCGUUUCCGGUGACGGCAAGACGCCCAUUCGAAAUAUUUACUUUAAGUCGGCUACCGGGCUGAAGCAGGUUCCGGUGCAGAUGCUCGCCAAUCGUAUACCAGGUGGAACAGUCGUGGGCUCCCCAGCCCUAACAUCUUCGGGGGGCUCUGCUGUCCGCCGAGUGGUGAGCAUUGGUCCCGUUUCGAAGUUGGCAGCUGCAACAACAUCAACAUCGACUUCAACAGCGGCUGCUCCGACCCAAAACCAAAACUAGGAUUACUCAAAUAUGAUGGUUAAUUAAUGGUUACAUUGUAGCAUAUAAUGUAAAUACGAUAAGACAGUCAAUGAUAAGUUGUUGAUUAGGGGUCUUGUGUUGCCUCUUCAACCAUUAUUUCAAGGAAUAUUAUUACACUAAAAAAAAACAAAAAAAUAAAAUGCAAGUUCUGAGAAUUCCGAGAA